UACAAUUGGCAAAUGACAUUAGUAACCAGAGAUCAGUAAUCUCGCAUUCAGAAUGACAUAAGGAAUGGAAUAAAGGAAAUGUCAAUAAAAUUUAACACUUUUAAGAUUAUGCGAGCUUGUGAAUUUGUCUAGUGAUUGUUAACUGAUUGUCUAAAGGUAAAGGGGAGUAUCACCAUACAGUGAUUGUAGCAAUAAAAAAUAUGCAGGCAGGACAAAUUGAUACUUCCGAACGUAGAUUCGAAAUAGAAUGUAAAUUGGAAGCUGAGAUAGCAGGACUGAUAGCUUUGAAAGAUGCAGAAGAACAUAGUAGAAAGUUGACAAGUGGUAUGGUUGCAAUACUUUCUUCUUUAGAGCAACGACUUGCUACUCUUCGCAGAACUAUUCUUCCUGUUUAUAACGAAACUGGAAACCUGCAAUGUCAACAACAUGAUAUUGAAAAAACCCUGACAAUACUGGAUCAUGCCAUUGGAUAUUAUGGAGUAUGCCAAGAAGUAGAAUCUGCUGUUCGUGGUGGACCAAGUGGUGCAGGAGGUUUUGAUGCAUUUUUAGAAGCCAUGAAUCGGCUCCACAAUGCUCAGCGUUAUUUUCAAAAAAAUAAUCCAAGCUCAGUAGAAUUAGAAAAUGUCUCAACUCUUUUUGGCAUUGGUUUGAAAGCACUUUAUGCUGAGUUCCGUGAUAUUCUAGCCAGACAGAGCAAGCCUGUUCUGCCAAUAGUUCUAUUAGAUUUAAUUGGUUCCGAUGAGGAUACCAGUGGAGAGGAUGCUCCACAGUCUCUUUGUCAACUUCCUGAAAGUACUCUGAGUGACUUGGUUAAAAUUGCUGAAUGGUUAGAAGAAAGAGGUCACAAUAAACACACGAGUAUUUAUGCCUCAGUACGUAGCUCCAUAGUACUACGAUCCUUGCAGUUACUGAAAGAACAUCAGAGAAGUGCUAGUGGAGGUAGCACUCAUGCUGGAAGCCCGAUGCCGAGAGCAAAGUUUGCAAAUCGACACUCAAUAGGAACUCAGGAGACAGCAGGUCGCAAAGCGUCUCGACGCCUUCAACACGCUUUGGAGAAAAAAGCUAGUCAAAUGCUUAUGAGAGCUUCGCAAACAACUGGUCUAGGUUUAUCCUUUCCUUCGUCAAGGAAACCUGCACCACUUCCAUCAGGACACGCGACCGAGGACGCUGCACCUGACGAGCAAGAAAUGGAAAAUUAUCUUUUGCUGACAGCAGGACUUCACAAACUUAUGCAAGCUGAGCGUUCACUGGUAGCUCGAGUUUUACCAGUGCACGUGCAGCCUCAGAUACUCGCGGCGACGGUGCGGGACGCUAUGGACUUGAUGGCCCACGACGGCGAAAGCAUUGCAACGCGUGCUAAACGUUGCAUCACCAGACGUGAUUUCUCAGCCGUCCUAGUAGUUUUUCCUAUACUAAAACAUCUUGGAGAAUUAAAACCGGAUUUAGAGAGGACAGUUGAAGGCUGUGAUUACACUUUAAGGUCGAAAUUCGCAUCUGUUCUGAGUACAUUAAACGCUACGGGUGCAAAAGCGUUGGAAGAUUUUGCUGAAAACGUCCGCAAUGAUUCAGGGUCAGCCUUACCUAAGGAUGGUACCGUCGGUGAAGGCACCAGCAAUGUCUUAGUGUUUCUUGAACAAUUGGCUGAAUAUGCAGAUACAGCUGGUGCAGUGCUUCGCCGUAAUACCGAUGCGGAUACAACUGUUUCCUCUGCUCCUCGGCAACCAGAAAAUGCACAGAGAGUAUUACUCGGUGUUUAUAUCAAGAAGGUAUUGGCCCAAUUAAAUCUGGCUUUGGUGAACAGAAGCGACGCAUCUUACUCAGACAUGGCUCUACGCGCUUUAUUCCGUUUGAACAAUCAUAAUUACGUAGUGAAUGCACUACGUCGCAGUUCUCUCAUGGAGCUAUUAUUGCUCACUGAGCCCAAUGCAGAGCAAACCUAUAGAGAUCUUUUGCUGCAAGAUAAGACAAAUUAUGUGUCAGCAACCUUUGCCAAGGCACGAUCUUACUUGGAGCAGUCGGCGGAUGAACCUGAACUCGCUUCCAAAAUGUUGAAAGAACGUUUCGCUGGAUUUACACGAGAGCUUGAAGAAGCUGCUAAAUGCCAGCGUUCUUACUCUGUACCGGAUCCUCGACUACGUGAAGAACUAAGAAACGAGCUGGAGCAGGCUUUAGUUCCUUUAUACACGUCAUUCUAUAACAAAUAUCGUAACGCCUCAUUCUCAAAGAAUCCCAAAAAAUAUAUUAAAUAUUCGCCGGAUCAAGUUUCUGCUCUGAUCGGUACAUUCUUCGAUACCGCUGCUUAAGAUAGAAAACGAGUAAGAAUUUCAAGUGAUUAAAUUGAAAUAUAUAUUUGAGAGGAUGAAUAACAGCGAAUUAGUAAACACCCAUUUAAUAAAGCAAAUUUAGUUACAAUA